GUACAUCAUUUCAUAGUUUGUUCAUGUUUAUGCCUUUCCUCAUCAUUUGACUGUAUUUAUAUUCGACUUUAUUGAAUAUAUGGAAUCAAUAAAGUCAAACGGCAUUUAAGUGAAGACUAUUGAAAAUAACUGUGUGCUUUAUUUCUGCCACGUGUUGAAUAAGUAAAGUUAUCUUUCCUACAGCCUUGUUUUCUGUCAUGUGCUAUAAUGUUCUUUGUGAUAAAUAUGCGACCCGGCAGUUGUAUGGCUACUGUCCAUCAUGGGCACUAAAUUGGGAUUACAGGAAAAAGGCCAUUAUUCAAGAAAUCCUGAGCUGCAAUGCUGAUAUCAUAAGUCUUCAGGAGGUUGAAACAGAACAGUACUACAGUUUCUUUCUGGUAGAACUGAAAGGACGUGGCUAUAAUGGAUUCUUUAGCCCUAAAUCGAGAGCUCGGACAAUGUCAGAACAAGAAAGAAAGCAUGUUGAUGGCUGUGCGAUAUUCUUCAAGACAGAGAAGUAGGUCAUCGUCUUUUAAAAA